AUGCAGACGUCCAAAGGGUUCCGCAUGGAUGACUUUAUUGCAGGAUGGAUCGGAGGGGCUUCCAGUGUGGUGGUGGGACAUCCGCUGGACACAGUGAAGACUCGGCUCCAGGCUGGACAAGGCUACAAGAACACGCUGCAUUGUGUCCUGAGCAUCUACAGAAAGGAAUCGGCCAUGGCGUUCUUCAAGGGCAUGUCCUUUCCCCUGGCCUCUAUCACGGUCUAUAACUCGGUGGUGUUUGGCUUCUUCAGUAACGCUCAGAGACUGAUCAGUAAGCACAGGUACGGAGACGGGCGCCACCCCGGCUCGCUCGCCGACAUCACGCUGGCCAGCACGCUCACCGGCCUGGUCUCCGUGGGUCUGGGGGCUCCCGUAGACCUGGUCAAGAUCCGGCUCCAGAUGCAGACCCAGACUCUGCUCACAGAGAGCCUGCAGCUAACCGCUAACACCAGUCUGGGGGUGCACUCGGUCUCCCUGCCCGCCUCCGCCUCCUCCUCCUCCUCCUCGGGCUCAGUUUACCGUGGGCCUCUUCACUGCAUCAGCUCCAUCCUGCAGACAGAGGGCGUGGCCGGGCUGUACCGUGGCGCCGGGGCCAUGGUGCUGCGUGACGUUCCCGGAUACGCCCUCUACUUCAUCCCGUACAUGGUCCUGGUCGACCUGCUGCGCCCGGACCCCAGCUCCAGCCCCCACCCCUGCUCCAUCUGGCUCGCAGGCGGCGUCGCAGGGUCAGUGUCGUGGGUCACAGCGACUCCGGCUGAUGUGGUGAAGAGUCGUCUUCAGGCGGACGCUCAGAGGAAAUACACAGGAGUCAUCCACUGCAUCAGACACAGCUACAUGAGCGAGGGAGCACAGGUGUUCUUCCGCGGGGCUUCGGUGAACGCCAUCAGAGGAUUCCCGAUGAGCGCCACAAUGUUCUUGACCUACGAGAUGUCUCUGCGCUUCUUCAGGGGCCUCUGA